CUGUUCAUUACUGUUCAUUACUGUUAACACCGAUCGUCAAUGUAAUGGGGGACAAGAUCUUAAAAGUUCUUUUAGAUACAUGUCACGAUUCGGAGACAAAUGUCGACCCGAGGAAUAUGAAAUAUUGAGUGUGAGAGGCUAGGCCACCACGGACAAAGCCGUGCACUGACGGCCUGCUCAUCAGGACAGGUACCUGGGCUGGGGAAACUCAAAUGGCCACCGAAGGGCUGUCAACAGCGACCCCGGACAAGUCUCAGGCUCGUUCACCAAAUCCCGCUGACCGAAACCUUUGCCGCAUUCGGACACACAUUAACACCGAGACCGAGGCGCUGGGCUGUCCUGAUCAAGGACCAGAUGAGCAGCGGUACAUUAUUUAUAGGAAUGUGUUUGAUAAGGUCAUUGAAAAUGCAACAGCAUACAAAAAUAUCCUCACAUCCAUCAAACAAGAGUAUGAAGAAAGUAUCAAUGUUUUACACAAAGGGAAAGGAGAUUCUCUGUUUCUACGGAGGAAGCUGAAAUCUAUGGCCUUUGAACCAAUGACUUACAUGGCUUACAAAAAAAGAGCCAUGCAGCUUCAAAACAAAAUUGAUCUCAUUAAACAAAAUACAGCUGAAUUAGAAGCUCAGCUGCAGGCAGUAAAAAAAUCAAGAGAUGUUCAAAAGGAGCAAACGAAGCAGACUUUACCGCCACAGGAAGAUGUCUUCCGUAUUACAUGUAUUCCAGGUCUGACAUUGCAGGAAUCUAUAAAUGUCGAGGUUCUAUGUAAGCACCUAAGGAACCUGGAAAAGAAACUCAAGAGCCUAGAAUUUGCAAAAGAAACUAAAUAUGUGCCAAUCCAGAUCAAAACUAAUAUAAUCCAAGAUAUUAAUCAGAAAAUGCAACAAUGGGAAGUACUGGACAUUGUGAAUAAGCAACUCAAACUCAGAUUUAAUAAACUGUUUGAUGAUAAGCAAUAUAAGGCAGCUGCAAAACAUGUAGCAAAUUGUCCCAGAGGAAUUCUUCAUAAUUUGGAGGUUAUGGAAAGGUUUAAAGCUAUCACAGAAUAUGAAGGGCAUAUUUCUCCUCUCCUGCAAUUCUUUGAAGCUGUAAUGAACUCCUUUUCUGCUGUCAAACAUUCACCUAACGCAAAAAUGUCAUUAGAAGGAGUAGAAUGUGCACUGACGCAAAACCGACUGGACCUGGUCAUUCACUGGAUCAUACAACAGAGAGUAACGUGUUCUGAAGAAUUGGGAGACUUGAUUUACAAUUAUGGAGAUACUGAACUGCGGAAUAUGGACACAUGCAUGGUCCUGGCUCAGAUUGUCUACAAUAAAUGUGAUGUGCACAAGAAAGCUGCUCUCUGCUUGUGCAGGUGCAGGCAGAUUUCUGGAGCAAUGGAAUAUAUUCAUGACUCUAAAAAGUUCAGCUUGGAUGAUUAUUUAUUUUUGGUGAAUAAGUGCCCAAACUCUGAGUUAAUUCAGUGUCUGACUAAUGAAUGGAAUGGAAACCCAGCAGUUCUUUCAACUGGGAUUGCUGUAUUGUGGCUGAUUUCAAAUGAUCACGAGGAAACUGGAUUUCAUCUUCUGAAAGAAAUAUAUGAUUCAGGUCAAGAUGCCAUGGAACGAACUAUCCUUAAUGACGUUAACUGUACAUUGGAAGAUUGGCAGGAGAUUGCAGCUAAGUGCAACACACACAACCUCAAUGAGUUGGCAGACAGCAUUUUUACUGUGCUGACAUCACAAGAAGGCGGAACUGUGAUAACAAUUACAACCGAAUCUGAUAAUGAUGGUGCAAAAUUAGUAGAACAUAUUUUUUUGUAGCUCAGAUUCUUACUUCAAAUUUUACAGAGUUUGUUCUUCCUUUAAAACAAUGUUUUUAAAGCAUUCCAACUAAAAUAUAGCAAUUUUACUGAAAUGUUACAAUACAUUCUUAAAUUCAUGUAGUUUUACAUAUCACACCUUCGGGUCAUGCUCGUGUGCUUUUUGAUAAACGGAUUAUUUUUGAAAUGCUGUGUUGACAAACACUGCAGUCAAAGUAUGCACUCCAAGAAGACUCCACAAACAGUAAAUAAAUGAGUGAUUAGACAAUCUGUUUCUUUUGUCAUGGAUAAAGUAUGAAUGUAGCCCAGAACAUUGGGAGAAGUUCUCACUGUUUCAGUAUGCCAUGAGAUUAUUCACAUCCACAUGAAUAAAUAAAGGGGAUUUUG